AUAGAGAAUUGGGAGUGUGUCGUGAUAUUUACGAAGGUGUUCCUGUUACUAAAAGAGUGGCAAGCCUGUGAAAAAUGCACAGGACUUCAAUUUAUCAAGAAGGUUCACUUUGUGCUCAACAUUGUCUGAAUAAUCUACUGCAAGGGGAAUAUUUUAGUCCUGUGGAACUAUCCUCAAUUGCACACCAGCUGGAUGAGGAAGAGAGGAUGCGAAUGGCAGAGGGAGGAUUGACAAGUGAAGAUUACAGAACAUUUUUACAGCAACCUUCAGGAAAUAUGGAUGACAGUGGCUUCUUCUCUAUUCAAGUUAUAAGCAAUGCCUUGAAAGUUUGGGGUUUAGAACUAAUCCUCUUCAACAGCCCAGAGUAUCAGAGGCACGGGAUCGAACCUAUAAACGAAAGAUCAUUUAUAUGUAAUUAUAAGGAACACUGGUUUACGGUUCGAAAGUUAGGAAAACAGUGGUUUAAUUUGAAUUCUCUCUUGACGGGUCCAGAACUGAUAUCAGAUACAUAUCUUGCACUUUUCUUGGCACAGUUACAACAGGAAGGUUAUUCUAUAUUUGUUGUUAAGGGUGACCUCCCAGAUUGUGAAGCUGACCAGCUACUGCAGAUGAUUCGGGUACAACAAAUCCAGCGACCAAAGCUCAUAGGAGAAGAAUUGGCACAAUCAAAAGAUCAGAGCAUCCAGAAAACUGACCUGGAACAAGCUUUAGAAGUAAGUCAACCAUAUGAUGGAACAGGCAUGGUAGAUGAAGAUGAGGAGAAUCUACAAAAGGCACUUGCACUAAGCAGACAGGAAAUUGAUAUGGAAGAUGAAGAAGCAGAUCUCCGUAGAGCUAUUCAACUUAGUAUGCAAGGAAGUCACAGAAAUGCAUCCCAAGAUAGACCACAGACAUCAAGUUCAAAACCAUCCUCAUCCCUUACUUCAGAAGAACUGCGAAAGAGAAGAGAAGCCUACUUUGAAAAGCAGCAGCAGCAGUUACAUCAACAAGAACAGAUUACACAUGUACACGACAAGCCAAGUUCCAGUUCUGAUGCACUCAGAAUUGACCCAGGCGAAGGCAUGACGGAAGAGGAUAUGCUUCAGGCUGCUAUGAAUAUGUCUUUGGAAACUGUUAGUAACAACUUGAAGUCAGAAGAAAAAAAAUAACAAAAUACCAUUUUUCCUAUUGUCACAACACUUUUAACCCCCCAGCAUUCAAACACUGGGUGGAUGUCUCACAUGUAGGGUUCAGUUCCAAGCUGUAUUGAAGUAGCACAAUAUUCAGCAAAAAACACAAGCAGACCAAAUUUGAAGUUAGUUUACAAAUAAUGAUGGGAAUGCAACCACUUGAGAGUGCUUUAGCGUGCUCCCACUAAUGGUGGAAGGAACAGUCUGCAAUUGAAAAGAAAUUUACAAUAAACUGUUCACUAAAUUCCUUCAUUCAUUUUGUUUUACAAUUCAGUUGUUCUUAAAAUAGGAAUUUUCCUAAACUUGUUUGAAGACCAGUGCUAAAGGUCUUGUUUGCCACAGGUUUUUUCUCCAUUUUUGCCUGAGAACUUGAUUUUUUUUUUCUCUCCUUCAGAGUUUAUUUCUUAGCAUUUAGAUUGACUCUGCUGGAAUGAGUACCUUUUGUCUGUGACUACCAACCAAUAUGGUUUCUAGUAGGGUAAGCUAUUCUCACCCUGUGGUGAGUCUUUUUUAGGCUGAUUGUUUUUCUUCCUGUUAUUUUUGGCCCACUUUCUCUUACCUGCUUUUCUUUUCAGUUUUCAGAGUUUUUCUAUACUUGAACUAAUCUCAAAUGAGAGAGUACAUAUUCCAGAAUAGGCUCAAUAUCCCAGAACAUUCCUGGCUCUCAAAAUGAACACUGCACAAAUAACUGUCUUUUGUGUGCAUGUAUGUGAUUUCUAGGUAUCUUAUGAAUGUCUAUCAUAUCAAAAUUUUACAGCUUUUUCCUGAGUAGCCUUCACUCACGCACCUUGGUAUCAAGAUGUUUCUUCUCUUGCUGAGGAAAGUAGGAGAAACAAAGUAUGCAAGCUAGUUUAUAUUAGUUGUAAGAUUUAAGGUUUUGUACUCGAAGUAAGUGUGUAAUGGAAUAUCUAAAUUUGGUUCCCCAAUUUGCAUCCUUGCCACAGUAUAAUUUGCUUCCUUUACUGUGAUGUGAAAUGGUGUUUUCCAUUCUAUUUAAAGAUGAAUCAUAUGGAAAUGUAGAUACACUGCUUAUUUAGCCUGUAUUCCACUUAACAGUUGCUUGCCACAGACUUUAAACUUGGAGGACAUGAAAUUAUGUACUAAAAUGUAUUUUAAAACAUUCUGUGAUUUGACAGAUGUAGUAAAAAUAGCUAUAAGUAGAAUAAUUGGGCCAGUCAUUUCAAUACAGAUUGGAAUUGUGAAGUAAUUGAGCACUUAGUUUUGAGUAAAAAUCUAUAGGGGAUUUUACUAUUUAUUGUUGGUUUGGAGUAAUACUAAUGUUGGGUUAGAAUUACAAUGCCUUUCUUUCUAAAACAGACUCCCAUAUCUGCUUUUUUUCAUUAUCAUACUUUUUAAUGUUAAAUGAUUAAUGGCCUAAAAAUUUUAAAUGGGAAUUUUAGAAAUUUUUUUUAAAAAUAGCACACAUGUGGCUGGCUAUAGAAGUUUCUGUCAUGGAGAAACUUUAGUCUAAGAUUUAUUAUUAACUGUAACUGUAAAUAAGAUUAAAAACAGAGUUUGAUUCAUUUGGAUCAAAACUAA